AAUAACUUUAUAUUUAUAUAUUCAAUGGUGAUUAUAACCUUUUGUAUAGAUAGUUGAUAUUAAAUUUUAAUUCAUCUUUUUUUUUAUAAAUAUUUCAUCGAGAAAAUAAUUAUGUUAUCAUCACCAAGUGCACCAUCCUCUAGUAGCAAAACUAACUUGUCGGUAAAACCAAAUUAUACAUUAAAAUAUACAUUAGCCGGUCACACUAAAGCAGUUUCUUCUGUUAAAUUCAGCCCAAAUGGAGAAUGGCUUGCUAGUUCUUCUGCUGAUAAACUUAUAAAAAUAUGGGGAUCUUAUGAUGGAAAAUUUGAAAAAGCAAUAGCUGGCCAUAAAUUAGGUAUUUCUGAUGUUGCAUGGUCCAGUGAUAGUAGACUUUUGGUUUCAGCUUCAGAUGAUAAAACGUUAAAGAUCUGGGAAUUAAGUUCGGGAAAAUGUUUAAAAACUCUCAAAGGACACAGUAACUAUGUUUUCUGCUGUAAUUUUAAUCCUCAGUCAAAUCUCAUUGUAUCUGGAUCGUUUGAUGAAAGUGUGAGAAUAUGGGAUGUGAGAACAGGAAAAUGUUUGAAAACAUUACCAGCUCAUUCCGAUCCUGUUAGUGCAGUACAUUUUAAUAGAGAUGGUUCUUUAAUAGUAUCUAGUAGUUAUGAUGGAUUAUGUCGAAUUUGGGAUACGGCAUCAGGACAAUGUCUAAAAACAUUAAUUGAUGAUGAUAAUCCUCCAGUAUCAUUUGUAAAAUUUUCACCAAAUGGAAAAUAUAUUUUAGCAGCUACUUUAGACAAUACAUUAAAGUUAUGGGAUUAUAGUAAAGGAAAAUGUUUAAAAACUUAUACAGGACACAAAAAUGAAAAAUACUGUAUUUUUGCAAAUUUUUCUGUUACUGGUGGAAAGUGGAUUGUAUCAGGAUCAGAAGAUAAUAUGGUAUAUAUAUGGAAUUUACAAACAAAGGAAAUUGUUCAAAAAUUACAUGGACAUACUGACGUUGUUCUUUGUACAACAUGCCAUCCAACAGAUAAUAUUAUUGCUUCAGCUGCAUUAGAAAAUGAUAAAACAAUUAAACUGUGGAAGAGUGAUACAUAAACUGUCCUGGCUCAAUUUUUUUUUGAUUUUAUCUAUAUACGAUUUAAACAAUUGUUGUAUUUGUAAAUUUUCGU